AUCCUCUCCAUCCUUUACGCCUCAGUCUUUCUCUCCUCUGCUCCUCUUCCUCUCCAGCCUCAGCCGGCACACUGGAGAGCUUCUCUCUCUUUUUUUUGUUCCCUCUGUCAGAAAACACAACAGCGUCUCGGGGGCAAUUUAUUCAGUGCAAACAGCUGAGAGCCAGCGUAUUUUUUUUGCAGGGAUGCACGGGUGAGCAGGCACGGACCGGUCCGGUGACUAAUUACCAUAAUAAGGCGCACAAGUUCGCCAGCGAGUCGGGCACGUUUUAUUUCUCCGUAUUACCGUGUCGGCAGUGCCGCAGCGGGGAGAUAAUCGGGCGGAGGGAGCAGUUACAGAGUAGACGGAGGGAGAGAGGGGGAGAGAAAGGAGCUGGCAGCACAUGAUCGCACAGCCUAUCCAGUCACUGAUCAACUGGAGCAUUCACAAUUUGCGCCGGCGACAACAUAUGGGAAUACAACAAGGCGAGAUUUGUGGUCACACCUGGUUGUGGAAGGACACCGGAGGACCCGAGAGGGGAGGAAAGGAAGAAAAGGGCGACCAGAUCCGAGGGGCUUUGCAUCAAACAGUCGAGGGAAAAAGCGUGGCAAUCCGAAGCACCAUCCGAGAAUAGAUCUGGAGCCAGAGGUGACAACUAAUCUACAUCAAAGCUGAGCAUAAAAACACCGAAGAAAGAGCUGUUCCUAUAAAACAGUGAGAGCACACUCCUACACGCCACCACCCGCCUCAGCUUCCCAGAGUUUACGGACUACGUGUUGACAAGAGCUGGAGAAGAUACAGUUUUCACACUUUGACGGAAUCGUGUUGGGAAGAAUAGUGCAAAUGGUGCGGCAGCACCUCCUUCCCUGUCAGCCCCACUUCAAAAAGGUGGAGGUCACAGGAUUCCAGCUCACUGCAGCGUUGAGAAUUUGAGGAUUAACCACACCCUUGGAAUAGAAAGACAAUGCUUAUGUUUACCAUGAUGGCACCUGCAUGUGUGGCCAGAUUAGGGGCUUGGCUCUUGAUGUUGUGUAUUUGCUUGACACUACAUGCCGGCAUGCUUCAGUUUGCUGCGGCUACGAUACAAGGGUACAUUGGAGGCACAGAUAUGACAUGCCCAUCUGUAUGCAGGUGCGAUGAGGACUUCAUCUACUGUAAUGACCGUGGCCUGAGCUCCAUCCCAUCACUGCCUCCUUCUGCGUCCGUCCUCUACCUUCAGAACAACCACAUAAAUAACCCUGGCUUGCCCACCUCCUUGGAGCGCCAUCUUGCCGUCCGUGUGGUCUACCUCUAUGAUAAUGAACUGGAUGAAUUUCCCAUGCACCUGCCACCAUCUGUGCGUGAGCUACAUUUGCAGGACAACAACAUCCGCACUAUUCCUCGUAGUGCACUUGCUCGAAUGCCAUUGCUAGAGAAGCUGCAUUUGGAUGACAACUCUAUUUCCACUGUUUCAAUUGAGGAUCAGGCCUUUGCUGACAACCCACGGUUACGCUUGCUUUUUCUGUCACGCAACCACCUGUCUAGUAUCCCUUCAGGACUACCUGCCUCUCUGGAAGAACUCCGUCUAGAUGACAACCGAAUCUCCACUAUUCCAACUCAUGCCUUCCGGGGCCUCGCUUCACUUCGAUGUCUUGUUCUGGAUGGAAACCUUUUGGCAAACCAGAGAAUUGCAGAUGACACAUUCUCUCGCCUUGCCAACUUGACCGAGUUGUCCCUCGUUCGGAACUCCCUUCAGACUCCACCUGUUAACCUUCCCAGUGCCCAUCUACAGCGACUGUCUCUACAGGACAAUGCCCUCACUCAUAUGCCUCGUGGUUCUUUGGAUGGCAUGCACAGGCUGCAGAGGCUAGACCUCUCAGGAAACAACCUGACUACGCUGCCAAGGGGACUUUUUAAAGACCUGGACAACUUGGGUCAGCUGCUGGUGCGAGGAAAUCCCUGGCACUGUGGCUGCAACCUGCGCUGGCUGUAUGACUGGCUACAUGCCCGUGGUAACUCCAUCACUGUCAGAGGUCUCACCUGCCAUGGGCCUGACAGAGUGCGAGACAUGGCUCUGAUUGACCUGACCAGUGAGAUGGAGGAAUGUGAGGUGGUGAGGACAGCAGGGACCAGAGACAGAGUGGGCAUAGGAGUGGAGAGCUCUACCACCAACACCCCUCCACAGGGUUCUCUCUUCACUACGCUCAAGCGACCUGGCCUGGGGUUUCCUGACUCUGGCUUAGACUACACCCUUAGCAGCAGUGGUGUGGGAAAGAGUCUAGCGCUUAAUGUGAAGCCUCUGUCUCACAAUAGCGUCCGUGUUACCUGGAGUGUGGCUCAGCCCAGCUCCUCUUUCAGGUUAAGCUGGCUCCGACUUGGUACUGGGAACGCCAUGGGAUCAAUCACAGAAACGCUUGUCCGAGGUGAUCGCCGAGAGUAUCUGCUUACGUCUUUGCAACCUCGUUCCAGCUACAUCAUCUGCAUGGUGCCCCUGCCUGCUAGUUCAGAAAACACAGGCAUGAUUUCUGGAGAUGCAGAUUCUGAUGAAGCUCUGGUUUGUGCAAAAGCUGAAACAUCAGACGUUAGUCCAUUGGAGGAAGGGGAGGAUGAAGGCUCACAGCAGAUGGCUGCACUGCCCCUGGCAGGAAUUAUUGGUGGGGCUUCUGCCAUUGUAUCUUUAACUCUCAUCUUUGGUGUCUUUUGUUGGUAUGGACAUAGAACGGGGCAUUUGUGUUCCCGUGACCACUACACUCGCAGCAGCUCAAGAAAAAACAAAUAUGAUGAUUAUAUUGAGUCUGGCACCAAGAAAGACAAUACUAUCCUGGAGAUUCGUGGGCCAGGGUUUCAGAUGACACCUAUGGCGACUUGCCAGCCAAUGCAGCCGAAACCCUUACGAGAGGAUUACAUCAUUCAUACCAUUUUCCCCUCCAAUGGCACUGGCUUGUACAAAGGUGCCAACCAUGUUUCUAAUGCAGGACACGGCACUAACCGUGGCUAUAGAGAAGGAGGAAUCCCAGAUAUAGACUACUGUUACACAUGAUGUACUGUACCAGAUCCUGUUCACAGUGUUAUUGGUAAACUGUAUAGAUGCACAAGUUCCCUUCGCAUGGACACUUCUGAAGCACCCCUCUGUGCCUUCUUCUUCUGGUUUCCCAUUCCAAAUGACCUGCUGUUCACUGCACUGAAAGUACUGUAUGUGACUAACUGGAACUAAAACUAUAUGGAAACAGUUCACUGCAGGAAGCAGCAGCCGAUUCCCCAGGUGUAAAUGCACAGCUGAGUGUUUCUUCACCAUCUUAGUAAUGGCCUGUGUAUGUUUCCUUUUCUGCUCUUUCCCUGUGACAUGUAAGCAAAGAAUGUAUCCACUAUGGAAAGGUCAAACUUAGCAUAAGCGCAGGUAGAGUUCCUCUUUCACAUGCGGGAGCCACAGCAGUUCAGAGUGGAUUAAGAAAUGAUGAAAAACAGACAUCUUUGGUACUCAUUUCCUGCUCAUACACAGUAUGUAGUCUUAUCAAGUCAUUGUUCCAAAUGCCUCAACUAUAUUGAUGUGCCCUACCAGCUACUCAAGGAAAGGGCUUUGUAAAGCUGUGAAUUGUUCUAUUUCAAACAACCCAGUAACCACUUGUCUUAAAGUAGGCUUUGUAUUACCCUAUUCAGUAGUUGGCUGGUUGACGAUCUUACAAGGGCUGCGUCAGCGGUCAGCCUUGGUUAUACCUCUUGAGAUCAUUCACGUGAGAUCAGUAUUGUAGAGUUGCAUUGGACAAAAUGCAGCACAAGCGUGUAGAUAAUUUACUUAGAUACCGACUUGGCUGUGUUUGAAACAUGCUUUGCUAUUUUAUCAGUGGUUUGUUUAGUAAUGAAAUCCUGCACAGCUGUCUUUAUUUAUUUAUUUGUCGCUUAUGUGAUGGUUUUUGUCUCUGCUAAAACAGCUUUUUUUAUUAUUUUUAUUUUCACCCUCAUGUUAGUCAUUAUUGUUGAAACCCACCUUUUGAUGAAAACAGUGGUUUUAUUUCAUCUUAGCAACAAGUGAAGGAAGCAUUAUGAUGGCUGUCUCCAGGUUCAUGCUUUGUUAAAAACAGCAAAGUGAAUUGUUGAUUGAGACUCUUCAUAUUAUUAUGUAAUUUUCUAAUUAGACCCCCUCCCAAACACAAGCAUGUGAGCCCACUGAGACAGUAGAGACCAACCUCAUCCCUCUUUUCCGAUGUUGUGCCUGUGUGCUUAACUUGUGACUUCAGUUGGUGACUUUUGGUUGUAAAAUGUUUCCUCCACAUUCUUGAAGAGACGACGGCGUUUGCAGAGAUACCUGACUGGACUAAUGUGGAGCCUCUUGUGAGGGGCAGACUCUUGUGAGUGAACCUCGAAAUGAGGGCGAGAACUGUGAGUGCAACUGAGGAGACUCAAACCGCAACACUGUUGACCUACACUGUGGGGCGGUGGCCAAGCUGUGUGGGAGGGUGGAUGGAUGGACAGGUGGGGGGAGGAACUGGGUAGUGAGGUGACUCCUCACUUAUGGGAGUUCACUGAUGUUUGUUUUAGCAACGGGAAAAGGCCUCCACUCAUUCCACCUCUUUUAUUACUGAGCAGCACUAAAAAUGUAAAUGUAUUAGCACUUAGCAGGGAGCAGGGAUAAAUGUAACGACAGCACGGGGAGACGAAGGGUAAAGAAACAUCUCCAUGCACUGAUAAAGAUGCAGAAUUGAUGGCUCUGGCGCAGUGGGGUUCACCCAUGCAUAAAUCUGUUUGUCAUACUUACCUUCUACCCUUGGGUUUCAUACUGUCAUCAGUUGUUUACCACUGUGUUGCUUCCAAAGGGAAACCAAUUGUGCUUCCUUGACUGUUCUGUCCGGCAGAGUUUUACACACUAGUGUCCGACAAUAUGUCAGUGGAAUGUAUAUUUUAUCUUGCACCCAAAAUCACUGGCUUAAACAAAUAACAUCAUACUGGCCUGGCUAAUUCUGUUUUGGGGAAUGUUGAUAUAGUGUAAUUGCUAUUUUAUAGUGGGUCUAUUCAAGAUGCGUACUUCCUCAUCAUUUGUAUAAAUAAAACCAUGGCCACAGCCACAUGAAUAUUUUUUCUGGUGAAAUAAUAGAAAGUAAUGGUGCCAUAACUUUGCGUAAAAAAAUAUGUGAACCUGAGAUAUGUGUGGAAUUUGCUUUAUAAAUUCAUCUUCAGAGGGGAUCAAUAAAAGUUUUAUAAUCUUGUUA